AUGAUUUAUUAUCUGAUACUAAUAUGUGUUGCAUUAAUAAUUUUACAUUUAUUAUUAAACUAUAAUAAGAAGGCAAUCAUGCUGCGGAAAAUUCCAGGAUUUAAAGAUAUCUUUUUGAUUGGAAACAUUUUAGAUAUCUGUCUACCACCAGUGCAACUUUUUUCCUCGAUACGACGAAUAGCAAGAGAAAAAAAUGGCAUUUAUAGAUUUUGGUGCUUUCCUAUUGCCUCUGUUAACAUUUACAAUCCCGAAGAUGUUGAGGUUAUUCUUUCUAGUAUGAAAUAUCACGAGAAAAGUCAAGCUUAUAUAUUUCUGAAACCAUGGUUGCACGACGGCUUGUUAUUAAGUUCUGGAACAAAAUGGCAAAAGCGAAGAAAGAUUCUAACGCCAGCUUUCCAUUUCAAUAUAUUGCGUAGAUAUCAUGCAAGUAUUGCUGAAAAUACAAUACGUUUGGUGGCGACGCUUCGUAAAGCAGUUGACACACGGGUUGACAUUGUACCAGUUAUGUCUGACUGUACUUUAAAUAUUAUUUGUGAAUCAAUAAUGGGUACAAAACUUAACGAUGACAGUUUAGGGAAGAUUUAUAAAAACGCAAUAUAUGAAUUAGGGCCUGUUUUAGUAAAGCGAUUCGUCACUCCUUAUUUGUAUAUCGAUAUUAUAUUUAAAUUAUCAAAAAUGGGAAAGAUACAAGAAAAGACACUUGGUAUUAUUCAUAAUUUUACACGUAUGAUUAUAAAUGAUCGAAAAAAAUAUGUAACAGAGAAUGGUAUAAAUUUGUUCGAAGCUGUGGAAGGUAGAGACGAUGAUGAAUAUACAAUGAUGUACGCUAAGAAGAAGAGAACAGCAAUGUUAGACUUACUCAUUUUAGCUGAACAAGAGGGUUUAAUCGACCCAAUAGGUAUCGAGGAAGAAGUUGACACUUUCAUGUUUGAGGGCCACGAUACUACGGCAGCAGGGUUAACAUACUGUCUGAUGUUGUUGGCAAACCAUCCAUAUAUACAGGAUAAAAUAUUUACAGAACUAAGAGAGAUAUUUGGCAACACUAAACGAACCGCAAGCGUUGAGGAUUUAAACGCGAUGCAUUACUUGGAUCGAUGUAUCAAGGAAUCAUUCCGACUUUACCCGCCAGUACCUUUCAUUAGUAGAUGGAUGAAUGAAUCUGUAACAUUAAGUAAUUACACAGUACCAGCAGGAACUUCAUGUCACAUACAUAUAUACGAUUUACAUCGCAGUGAACUUUUGUAUCCUAGCCCGACGGUAUUUGAUCCGGACAGAUUUUUGCCAGAAAAUGUUGCUAAGCGUCAUCAUUACGCCUACAUUCCUUUUAGUGCAGGUCCAAGGAAUUGUAUUGGACAAAAAUUUGCAAUGAUGGUAAUGAAGUCUGUAGUGUCCGGAAUAAUAAGAAACUUUGAAUUACAUCCAGUGACGACUUGUUCAGAUCUUCGCUUCCAGGCUGACUUGGUGUUAAGAAAUUCUGAACCUGUGUACAUAAAGUUUUCAAAAAGAGAAAUUGCUAUUUGAAAAUUAAAGGCAAUUGUUUAUUUCCGUAGUUUUUAUGUUAUCUACGGCUAAUAGCAUAAAUAAAUAA